CGCUCAGUUUCCCGCACGAAAUAAAAAACCCCAAUAUAUUCUGAUUAGUCAUAGCCCCAAAUCAAUACUCUUCUGCUUUUGAUUACUCUUAGCCCCAAAUCAACCCAAAAACGCCAAAGAUCACAACAACAAUCUGUUGGUUCAGUUCUUCUCUUAUUGGCGCUCGGGCUCCCGUCUCGGGGGAUCCCAUCGUUGGUUUGGUUGGUUGCACGAAGGGAUAUCUGAUCUGAACAACUGCGUAAGCCGUAGAGCGCGUUUUCAGCCAAUUCUAACUUAAUCAACAACUUCUAUAUUUUGGGAACCCUUCCUCCUCUUAUCAAGAUUCAAAGAUUUCAAUAAAGAAUUGUUCGUGAGAACGAUAGCUGUGGUUUACAUUGAUAUAAAAAGCUUAAAUUUUAGAAGGUCAGAUUGCCUAUCUCCCACAACUUUAUGUUUCUACAAAUAUUAUUUUCUAGUAUUGAUUGGUAGGUAUUAUUUCUUCUUUCUGCUUGGAUAACAAAUAGAAAAGAAUGGACAAGAGUUGGAUAGAUAUGCGAGAUCGAACAUCUACACAAUAUCUCACUGGAGUUGAGAAUUUUUUGGAUUUUGCAUUUUCAAAAAAUAUGGAUGAUACAAGGAUUUAUUGUCCAUGUAAGAAAUGUCACAAUCGUUAUUUGUUCACAAGGGAUGUAGUAAGAGGGCAUAUAAUAUGGGAUGGGUUUAUGUCCAAGUACAAAAAUUGGACUCAACAUGGGGAACUACAGCUAUCAUUAUAUGCAAACCAAGAUACUAACGUCACUUUUGAUUCGGUUGUUGGUGAUGAUAUGAUUGGAAUGAUACAUGACGCAUUUGGGCAUCCAAAUGCAUAUUCUAUUUUCGGGAAUGAUAGACCAACAGAAAAUGAACAUAGUGAGGGGCUGAAUGAUGAAGGACCAAAUGGUGAAGGGCCGAUUGGUGAGGGACCAAAUGGUGAGGGGCCGAAUGGUGAGGGGCCAAAUGGUGAGGGACCAAAUGGUGAGGGGCCAAAUGAUGAAACUAGAAGAUAUUUGAAAUUGUUACAAGAUGCAGAACUUCCUUUGUAUCCAGGAUGCGAAAAUUUCACAAAACUAUCUUUCAUUGUUCGGUUAUUACAUAUGAAAGUUGUUUGUGGAUGGACGGACAAGUCAGUGACAUUGUUGUUGAGUUUUCUAAAAGAAGCUUUCCCUAAUGGAGUAGAACUACCAGACUCUUAUUAUGAGGCUCAAAAGAUAACUGUUGAAUUGGAUUUCACAUACAAGACAUGGGAUGCAUGUCCUAACAAUUGUAUGUUAUUCAGAGAUGAGGAUGAGAAACUUGAAAAAUGUGACAUUUGCCAAGAAUCUAGAUAUGAACAGCUGGAAGGUGAGUAUGGAAAUAUUCAGAAUUUGGAUAGAAAAAUACCAGCUAAACAAGCAAGAUAUUUCCCACUAAAGCGAAGAUUACAAAGACUUUUUAUGUCUUCUAAAACAGCGUCGCUUAUGAAAUGGCAUACAGAGGAACGUACUAAUGAUGGUGUGCUAAGGCAUCCAGCCGAUACAGCUGCAUGGAAAACAUUUGAUGAGAAGAAUCCAUAUUUUGCUAGUGACAGCCGUAAUGUUAGGCUUGGUUUAGCUUCAGAUGGUUUCAAUCCAUUUAGAACAAUGUCCAUAAAUCACAGUACAUGGCCUGUUGUUCUAAUUCCAUAUAAUUUGCCACCAUGGAUAU